AUGUCUCUGUUCGACUUUCGCGAGGUCGCCUCUGGUCUCGCGCCUGGGGCCACCUCUGGUCUCCCGUCUGGUACCAACGCGACGGAUUCAGAGAUUUUUGGCGUGCACUUCAACCUGACCACGCUGCAGCACUGGAACUACACCCUGUACUCGGGCAACAAUACGAUCAGUAACGGCUCAUGGUGCUUCCUCAUGGACCCGCCCUACACGCCCGUUGGCGUUCUCAACAACGGAACCUUUGUCAACAGCACCUGGUGUUAUCUGGCCACCCAACCAAGCGGGCCGCGCGGAAAUGCGGGUAUAGGAGUCGCCGUCUGUUUCGCUCUAGCACUCGUCCUCGUGCUGGUCAACCUCGCAAGACACGGAAAGCUUUACUUGCCGGCUACAAAGAGGUUCGUUCCAAUUGGAAGAAGGUGGCAAUGGUAUUGGGCAAGUUUUGUUUGCACUACAGCCAUCAUCGGUCUUUUCACCAACAUCGAUGUCGACCGAUACCGUGUCCUCGAGCUCCCCAUCGUACUGAACGUCUUCUUCUGGUUCUUGAUGCAGAUGGGCACAACCGCCAUUGUCUGGGAGGCCGUGCGUCACUGGGGAAGUUGGAUGGAAAGACAAUUUGUUGAUCCUAACCCAUUCGUACUGCACCAAACCGACAGCCGAGGCAUGUUCGAGUUCUGGCUUCCGCUUUUCUUCUAUUUCUGGCUAUGGCUGAACUUCUUCCUAAUCGUUCCACGGAAUUGGACCAACAUUGAGCUCCAGCGAUCGCCCCAGCAGAUCGUACUUAAAGCAAUACCGACUGCCACGGAUGGCCGGUUCAAGGCAGCUGGCUUUUGCCUCUUAAUCUGUUGGUUGACCAUCAUGGUUUCCCUGUGGCACUCGAUCCGCCACUACGAGCCCCGGAAUCGCGGCUGGUUCAAUAGGACUAUUGGGUUCCUCGGAUACAUGCCGUUCCGCUUCGUGCUGUUGAUACCUCUCUUGCUCGCUCUCGUUGCAUACCAAGAAUUGGUCGCCUGGAGGUUCGACCUGUCCCCUCUCAACGCCAAGACAAACCUGUUGGCAAUGUACCUAGGAGGCUAUGCUCCUAGUCUGCUUAUUGUGAUUGUGCAAGCAAUAGAUGGAUUUUGCCGGCCCAACGAAGACAAGGAGCUUAUUCGACAGAGGCGCACAAGAGGCGCAGCCAUCGACCGGGAGCUUGGCCUUGUGAAGAAGCCCAACUGGUGGCGUCGUGUCAACGGCGAUGUGGAUGACGGUGGCAUGCGAGGGCAGAUCAUGCGGAAUGUGCGAGAGGUCGGCGGUGGUCGACCGACGGCGAGGCAUGUGGAGGCGAUGGCGGAACGGAGAGCCGCCGACUUGGAGGCCGCUGGCGCGAACAACAACAGCGGCAUUGAGAUGAACACGCUUCGGAGGAGCAAUAGCGCUGCAACUAGCGUGCGCACAGGGGCUACUGCACCACCGCCUUACACGACGGCCUAUGGGGGCCGGUCCGAGCAGCGGAGGACUGAGCACACAAUGCAGGCAGUAGCUAGCCUCUUGUUCCCCAACGCAAGCCCAUCCCCCUCUAUUCAUGAGAGAGGCCGCGACUUGGAGAUGUCCAACCAGCAGACCCAGAGACCGUACACGACCGAGAGAAGCUCUAGCACUGCGAGCGCUGCUAGUGGCAUCUCUACAAGUGGGCCUCCCCAGCAGAUCAGGAGCAUGCUGGAUAUCUGA